AUGUCAGUUGUAUUGAUACACAAACAAGUGUCUGCAGUGGACUGUCAGGAAGAAUUUGAACGACUUGGGUGCCACGGUGCUUUCUUAGGGGCCUUGCGCCUUAUACCGGAGGUUUUGUUCAACGACUCCAACUUGCAAAGCAUAGAUGAGUUAGUUUGCAAAUGUGCAGAACAAACAAGGUUUAAGGGAUAUCGCGUUUUUGCGGUCCAAAAAGGAGGAUACUGCUGGUCAGGGAAAGAAGCUGAAACCUCAUUUCCUCUGGCUGGACAAGCAUUCGAUUGCAAAACCUUUGAUUCUAAAUCAUGUGGCAAAGAUGACAAAUAUUGCGUCGGAGAAGAAAAAUCAGUCUUCGUUUAUAGAUUACUGGAUAAUCAAAACCAUACUCUCACUCCACCGAAACGCAAGGUGUAUAACUUAACAGUACUGAUGACGAACACUUCCUUUGAUGAUUUCUUAUGGUUUGCACAUUCGCCCCAAUUCAUUGAGCUCAGAAGAGAGUUUGAACUUGGAGUUUUGCAAGCGUACGAUGGAUAUGAUCCUUUUCUCGGCGUUACGACUUUGAGAUUCAGUGAAGCUCCGGGAGACAGCAACAUUGUGGUGCACUUUGCUAUCGAGUUUAAAGACAAGGGAGUCCAUCUUCAUAACUUAACUGCGGCAUUAGCAUGUCAAACUUUGGGCAAGCACACUUUUCUCCCAUCAUUGGGUCAAGUUGCAUGUUACAAGGCACCUCCCCCUCCAGUCUGCCCACUUCCAUGUUUCUCUGCCUGUGCUCCACACUGUUACUCCAGCUGCUGCCAGCAGUACCACCCUUACUACUAUGCUCCAACACCGUCUCCUCCACAUGAUAUUAAUCCAGCUCCAUGCCCAGAAGGCUGCCCCAUUACAUGUGCACCUUUCGGAUGCACUACUCACUGCUGCAGCAAUGGUCAUAGUCUGCCGCAUUAUGUUUACGGGAAGCGUCACGAAGCUCCAAAGCCAGAGAAGCAAUCGAAAAUUGGCCACAUCUUCCGUAAACAUCAUGGGAAGAAUUAA